GUAUCUAUCUACAUCAUGCAUUAAAACGUCUUGAGACAGUUAAUAAUUUUACAUGCAAGUAUUUUUAUGCACUUUAGAGGGCGCUGUUGCAAUAAACGAGGUAAAGGCACGGUAGCCAUGGAAGUGAAAGUAAAAGUAAGAACAUUUUUUAUCGUGCGUUGUUAGAACGUGUAUGAGUAAGCAGCGUUUUCAUAAUUCCUUUUCAGUAGCCUACUUUACGUUUUUCGAGUAUUAGCAUAGUCACACAAAGUUUGUACAGACUUUCGUAGACCUCAUGAUGAAAAGCAAGAUGAGAGUUUUCUGUUGGUUUCUGUCGUUGUUCUGCGCUAUCAGGACGGAAGGAUUUUCAGUGCGGGGUCCUGCUAUGCCCCUAGUUGUCCAGUUGAGGGCGUCUGUAACGUUGCCCUGCUCUGUGGAUACCCCACUACCUCUGCUCGAGCUGGAGGUGCAGUGGAUGAGGGAGGAUUCUGGAACCCCGGUGCAUCUGUUCCAGAAAGGGGAGAGUAGGCCAGAAUCACAGAGCCCAGCUUACCGCGGCAGGGCCCAGUUUUUCUCUGAAGAAAUCUCCAAAGGAAACUUCUCUCUGCUGCUUAGGAAUUUCACUACUGAAGACAAAGGGCUGUACAAGUGUGUAGUUCACGAUAAAUACGAGUCCAGUGAAACUAAGGUGAAAAUAGAUAUUGAACGGCUGGUUGUGACAGGUGCAGGCAUGCCCAUAUUUGCAUAUGCUGGUGAAGAUGUGGUUCUGAACUGCUCAGUGGACACCCAUGUUCCUGUCAAAGAGUUACAAGUAGAGUGGAUAAAGACAAACGGGGAAAUCCUGGUGCUGCUGUUUUCUGAGGGGGAGAACAGACCAGAGUCACAGCAUGAGAGAUUCAGGGGGCGUGCUGAGUUCUUCAGUGAGGAGAUUCCCAAAGGAAACUUCUCUCUGAAACUUAGGGAUGUAAAAAGUGAAGACAGAGGGGAAUUCAUGUGCAAAGUCCAUGCAGACAGGGAAUCAGUCAAUGCAACGGCAUGGUUACAACGGCAGGGAUUUUCCACCUUACAUUUAUGUGUCCUGGGCUUAACCAUUGCUGCAGCGGCUUUUGCAGUUAUAAGCUGCAUUCCUGCUCUUUGGUAUAUAAACAAAGAAAGACAAGAAAAAAUCAAGAAAGAAAAAAUCAAAAAAGAGAGUUGUCCAUCCAGGGGCUCUGUCACUGAUGAAGAUGAGGAAGAUGGUGAGAAUCUCAUGAGCAAUGGGAGGACGAUGACCUGAGCAGUAACAGUUCAGUCUGAAGAAUGGGCUCAGAAAACCAGGCCACACAGAAUGUGCAGAGUCAUUAACAAACUGCCAGUACUACACAGUG